AUGGCCAAAGGUGGGAAAGGCCCCAAGGGCAAGAAGAUCACUCUCAAUGUGGCCAAGAAUUGCAUCAAAAUCACCUUUGAUGGGAAAAAGCGCCUUGAUCUGAGCAAGAUGGGAAUCACCACCUUUCCCAAGUGCAUCCUACGUCUCAAUGAUGUGGACGAGCUUGACCUCAGCCGGAACCUCAUCAGGAAGAUCCCAGACUCCAUCUCCAAGUUCCAGAACCUGCGGUGGCUGGACCUGCACAGCAACUACAUCGACAAGAUCCCUGAGUCCAUCGGUCAGAUGACCUCCCUGCUCUUCCUCAACGUGAGUAACAACAGGCUGACCACAAAUGGGCUGCCCGUGGAGCUGAAUCAGCUCAAGAACAUCCGCACUGUGAAUCUGGGCCUCAACCACCUGGACAGCGUGCCCACCACGCUGGGGGCACUGAAGGAGCUCCAUGAGGUGGGGCUAUAUGACAACCUGCUGAAUACCAUCCCUGCCAGCAUCUCCAAGCUCCCCAAACUGAAGAAGCUCAACAUAAAAGGGAACCCCUUUCCAAAGGCAGAUGAGACAGACUCGUUUGUAGACACCAUCAAAAGGCUGGAAAACCUCCAUCUGGUGGAAGAGAAGGAUCUGUGUGCAGCGUGCCUGCAAAAAUGCCAACAGGCCAGGGACAAGUUGAACAAAAUCAAGAGCAUGGCCCCCACGACACCAAGAAAGGCCAUCUUUUCCAAUUUGGUUUCACCCAACUCAAUGGCCAAGGAUUCCCAGGAAGACUGGAGGUGA